GUGAAACAAAUAUUUGUUUAUAAUUUUCAGGAUAUUUGAAGGAGUAUUGGAUUUUGGAAAGUUUGUUGCUCCAACGCUUUGGUUUUAUAAAGUUAUGGCUGUGCCCCCACGAGAUUUGUCUCCUUUUUUGAGAUGGUUUAGAAAAAUUUUACUCGGAAGAGAAUUCAAAAACUCAUUACGAUUUCAAGACAAAGUAGCUACUAGGUCACCUGAAGCCCCUAUUCUCCCAGAUGGUCCUAGUCACAAGUUGUCUGAAAAUUAUUACUUUACACGAGAUGCUAGACAUACAGCUCGUCCUCCGUUGGUGCUGAGUGCAGGUAUUCAGAAAAAGGCUGUCACUGAUGGAAUGAAAGGAGAUACUGCUUCAAAAGCUGUAGCAAGUAAAACCUUGAAAACCAUUCUACCUGGAAUUUCAUACAAAUGGCAAGAGGUUCCUGAGGAGCAACGCAAGUGAUUUUGUUAUUGUGUAGGUUCAAACUAUAUGACUAUUUGUUUUACUUUGAAAUAAAGAUUUAUUGUAAUGGUGAAAAUAAAUAGUUUUCUCCCUUGU